GUUCAAUUGCAAUUGGCAAGUUCGCUCUAGCUAUCGUUGCCUGUCAGUGCUGUCGUUGUUGUCGAACAAGAGCAUAAAAAUCCAGUCAUGUCGUCCGCACCAGCACCCUCUUUUGAUGGCAUUGGUAUCGCCAACCUUCCCAACCAGAGGCACAAAAUCGUCGCCAAACAUGGUGCACACUUCACCAUGAUGGUUGUUGGCGAGUCGGGUCUUGGGAAGACGACCUUAGUGAACACACUUUUCACGACCGAGUUGUCUCCUGCUAGGAACUACAGUAGACGGCACCACAAACAACUCGACAAGCUCACCGAAGUCGAAAUUAUUAAGGCUGAGCUUGAGGAAAAGCAGUUCAAGGUCAAACUUACCGUCAUCGACACCCCCGGAUUCGGUGACUAUGUCAACAACCGUGAUUCCUGGUCGCCAAUCGUCGACUUCAUUGAUGACCAACACGAAGCAUAUAUGCGCCAGGAGCAGCAACCCCAGCGCAAUGAAAAGAUUGACCUCAGGGUUCACGCUUGCCUUUACUUCAUCCGGCCCACUGGGCAUACCCUGAAGCCGCUUGAUAUCGAAAUCAUGAAGCGCCUCGGCACGCGUGUGAACCUCAUCCCCGUUGUUGCGAAGGCAGACACCCUCACGCAAAAUGAUCUGUUCCUUUUCAAACAACGCGUUCGGGAAGUCAUUGCCGCCCAGGGAAUUCGUAUCUACCAACCCCCCGUUGAAACCGAUGACGAGACUUCUGCUGAGCAUGCGCGCAUGCUCACUGAUGCUAUCCCCUUCUCUAUCAUUGGCUCGACUGAAGAUGUCCAGACCCCUGAUGGUCGCCUUGUCAAGGGUCGCGAGUACCUUUGGGGUGUCGCUGAAGUUGAGAACGAAAACCACUGCGAUUUCCGCAAGCUGCGCUCUCUACUUAUCCGUACACACAUGCUCGACCUCAUCUCGACAACGGAGGAGUUGCACUACGAGAACUACAGGCAACAACAGAUGGAGACGAGGAAGUUUGGGGAGCCCAAGGUCAAGAAAGUGGACAACCCCAAGUUCAAGGAGGAAGAAGAAUCGCUCAGAAAGCGCUUUACGGAACAGGUCAAGGCGGAAGAAGCCCGCUUCAGACAAUGGGAGCAACACCUUAUCGCCGAACGGGACCGUCUCAACAAGGACUUGGAGAUGGCACACAGUGCCAUCAAGUCGCUGGAGGCCGAGCUCGACAAUCUCCAAGCUGGCUAUGGUCGCGGCAGUGCCAGGCGGUGAAAGCCGGAUCCCAGCUUGUUUUUGGACAAAUCUUCGCUCCGUAUACCCUUGCGUUCAUUUCCACGCUCCCUUCCGCAUCGUACCUUGCUGCCCAUACGACGAACAUUCUUUUAGUCGCCUUGUCUUCCUUGGUUUUCUUUCUUGAUUCGGAAGCUACGUUAUAUACAUUCUCGUACGCACUGCGCUGACAUUAUCAUAAUAUGGUGGCUUUUAUGCCAGAUACCUUGUCUUGACUCGAGAGUACCUGGAUCGAGAGAGGAUUGUUUAUGAUGCCUAUCGAGCACUAUUCGUGACAUAAGACGUCCGUUAAAGGGAAGUAGAUUCAGGUUUGCACACAUGUGCCAUGUAGGCCGCAUCAGAGUCACCGACGCUACGACGAAACGAAAGUUU